AUGUCCUGUUGGCAGGAAGAGAGCUCUUUUUUUUUUUUUCUUUUUCCUGGCGGUUAGUGAACGCAGCAGUGGGGCUGAUUCACAGACCGUGCGUGUGCACGACAGACAGUCGGUAGGAUUCACACAGUGACGUUCUCUGGACAAAACGAGCGCUGAGGAUCGUCCACACUUGAAGAUGAUGUGGACUGUUGUGAUGGUGCUGACCACUGCAGUCAGUGCGGAGUCGGGCCUCAUCACCCAGCAUAUCCACCACCGUCUGACCCACGGUAGCCGGCUUAAGAUCUUCCUGGGCGACAAUGCAAGGAAGCUGGAGUUCACCCCAGUUGAUGACCCCAGCAAGGUCUUCCUGUACUGGGACUCAAGAUUCAGAGCCUACAGAGGCAGGGUGGUUGAUGUGUCUAGGGGGUCUGGGGUGUCUCGACUAAGGGAAAACCUACGCUGGUACCUUGAUGAGGUGACCUAUGAUGACGAGGGGGUAUACACGGAGAGAGACUUCUGGGAUAAAGCCAUUUCUGUUGUCAAAGUUGAUGUCACAGCCAGCCAUAACCAUGUGAAGUGUGUGGCAGGAGAGAGUCUUACCAUCUCACUGGCAGGCAUCAAGCUGGAGGACGCCUUCCUCUUCUUUUCUGGGAAGGCUGCUAACGCUACGCUGGUCCAGGCUGGUGCUGGAGUGUCACAGACCCUUCCAGGUUACUUGGGCCGGGUCGUAACCUUUUCCAAGAACAUUGAGAUCAAACAUGUAAACAUCACGGAUGAAGGCCAGUACACCCUGAGAGACAGCAGAGGACGGGUGGUGUCGGUAACCAGGAUGGAUCUGACUGACCAUCAUGAUUACUCCAGCGCUCUGACGGGACUCCUUGUACUGCUUGGGAUCCCGGCCGGCCUUUGCUGCUGCUUUCGCAAGAAGAUUUUCAGACAGAAAGCCACCACUGCAUCAACGCAGGCUCAUACAGUCAUGCUCCAUCCUCCUGCCAGUGGCCCCCAGGGGCCUUGUCCUCCAUACAACACCCCAAGACCGCAAUACUACCCUGGUCCCAACCCCAGUAUGGGUCCUGCAGCUCACGCACCACCUGAAAGCACUGGCCCGGGACACUGGAAUGCACCUGCACCCUCCCCAGGUUUCAACCCAGCCUACCCCCCUCAGAAUGUUGCUUACCCCCCUGCUGGUCAACAGUGGAACCAGUACCCCCCUGCACCUGCCCCUGCAGCUCCAGUGGGCUACACGUCAGGUCCAGUGAUGUAUAACACUCAACCUCCACCUCCAGCAGCCACUGAACCUGUGAAGUCAGACCCAAAUAUGACCAGUACAGCUUCCUCACCUGUUGCCUCCUCACUAACUGCGCCAACACCGGCUGAAGCUGCACCUUCUCCUCAGGCUCCUGUGCCUCCCUUCUCCACGGAACCGCUCACCUCCUAUGAUGUAGCAUAUAAGUUCCAGAUUGAUGGAGAAAAAUCAUCCACCAACUUCCUCUAGUUAUUGUGAUUCCUGCAAAAACUUCCUCCCCAUCUUCUUUCUCAUGUUGCAGCGCCCCUCUGUGGCCAGUAUGGGUUCCUGUACUAUAUUACUUUGCCUCCUUGCCUUGCUUGAUGUUUGAUCGCUUAAAGGGGUCACAUUGUUCACCUUUUCUGUAAGCUAACAGUUCAACAAGUGGUUUGAAAACAAAUCCAACAGGCUGCAUUCAAAACCUUCAUUCACUGAGAAUAAAUUAUUAAAUAUGGUGCCUACAAAACGAAAUGGAGUUGCUACAAGCCAUGCCCUCUCUUCCUGUGAUUGUGUUGUAAAGGAGUCAGCAGGAAAUCCGCAUAUGGAGUUCCAUGACUUAUGCUAUGGAAGCAUGACGCGAGCUGGUUCUGGAUGAAACUUUGGUUUUAGCAGUUUAAUGUCAGAAUGAUGGCACUUUGAGAAUAUUUAGCAAGAAUAAUUUUGCACAAUAUGAUCCCUUUAAGUGAAAAUGGUUUGAACUCUUGGUCUUGUUUGUGCCAUUUGG